CAAAUCACGUGAAAAGUGAUGGCAAGGUCUUGUGCCAGUGGAGUUUAUUAAAAUUUGAUCAUUAUUUUUCAUUUUGCAAGUCUAAAGAAUUUUUAGUAGUAUUCAAGACUUCUCCUUCAUAUUCCACACAUCAUACAUUAACAAUGACUGAGUACUGGCUAAUCUCGGCCCCUGGAGACAAGACUUGCCAGCAGACAUGGGAGACGCUGAACAAUGUUACCAGUAAACAGAACAGCCUCUCCUCCAAUUACAAGUUUCAUAUCCCUGACCUGAAGGUCGGUACACUUGACCAACUAGUAGGACUGUCUGACGAUCUCGGAAAGUUGGACAACUUUGUUGACACUGUGACCCACAAGGUCGCCAACUAUCUGGGCGAGGUUUUGGAGGACAACAGAGACAAGCUCCACGAGAAUCUCACUGCCAACAACGCUGACUUGCCGAGCUACAUCAUGCGGUUCCAGUGGGACAUGGCCAAGUAUCCGAUCAAGCAGUCGCUGCGCAACAUCGCUGACAUCAUCAGCAAGCAGGUCGGACAGAUUGACGCUGACCUGAAGACCAAAUCCACCGCCUAUAAUAACCUCAAGAGCAAUCUCCAGAAUAUGGAGAAGAAACAAACGGGAAGCUUGCUAACCCGGAACCUUGCUGACUUAGUGAAGAAGGAGCACUUCAUCCUGGAUUCCGAGUACUUGACCACUCUGUUAGUGGUUGUUCCCAAGUCCAACUUCAACGACUGGAACCAGGUGUAUGAGAAGCUGACAGAUAUGAUUGUGCCCCGAUCAAGUCAGCUGGUCAGCCAGGACAACGACUACGGACUCUUCACGGUCACGCUCUUCAAGAAAGUGGUGGACGAGUUCAAACUGCAUGCCCGGGAGAAGAAGUUUGUUGUACGAGAGUUCACCUACAAUGAGGAGGAACUGGCAGCUGGAAAGAAUGAAAUCACAAAACUAGUCACCGACAAGAAGAAGCAGUUUGGCCCUCUGGUAAGGUGGCUGAAAGUCAAUUUUAGUGAAUGUUUCUGUGCCUGGAUCCACAUAAAAGCUCUGCGUGUCUUUGUGGAAUCAGUUCUGAGAUACGGACUCCCUGUUAACUUCCAAGCGAUGCUGCUCCACCCCAACAAGAAGAACACGAAGAAACUGCGGGACGUGUUACACCAACUGUACGGACACUUGGACUCGAGCGCUCAGCAAGGCAGUCAGGCAGCGCACGAUAGUGUGGACAUUCCUGGCUUGGGUUUCGGUCAGGCGGACUACUACCCGUAUGUGUACUACAAGAUCAACAUUGAUAUGAUUGACACGAAAGCCGGAGUGUAGACUAGCAACUGUCUGUCCGUAUGUAGUUAGAUUGGGAGCGGUGAUAGGCUAUAGCAUCUGGCUACCCUCACUCAACAUGUACAUUUGUGUAUUAUUUCAGUCUCUAUUUACAUUCCUGCAAUUUCCCCUAUUAUUAAUUUUUUGUGCCAAUAUUUUGGUGGAUUUCACUGUGGAGAAAUUACUGAAAAACAUCUUCCACUAUAAUAAAUAAAUAUAUUCUUGUAUAUUUUACCUUAUGGAUGUAACGUAAUCGAUUUUAUUGAGUUAUAUAUUGGCGGUAUAUAUUGUUGAAAAUAAACAAUGUUAAUAAUUUAAAUGAAAUGUAAUUUUAUUUCUAUUUACAUGUAAAUUUAUAACGGAAUAGUGAGACGGUAUGAAAAGAGCAAAGGCAAAGUAUUUAUCAGAGUUAUAGGUAUUAAUUGAGCAAAAUCAGUUAUCUGUAUAUUAUGUAGAUUAGUGUAAUAACUAUGAUAUUCAAAUCCAGUAUUUCUAUGUGUAGCUUUAGCAGCAUAGCGAAUUUGUUCAAGAUGUUGCAGAGGAUAUUUGAAAAGUCGUGUGAUCAUUUUUAUUUAUUAUUUUAAUCCUCAUCAUGGUGUCAACCAACUUCCAUUUUUAGUUUUAUUUAUUUUUGACAAAAUUCAAACCUUGUUGUUUUUUAAUAUUAUGUUAUAAAAAUUAAAUCCUUUGAACAAAUUGUAAAUGGUGUUAUUAAAGAAGUAUAUUAUUAAAGGAAAUUAGCAAUUUUGUAGCAUUUAUUCUUAAUUAUUACUUUGCUGAUUAUAAAAAAGUUAGUGUUAUCAUUGUGGAUAAAUAUUGUAAAUAAACACUCUUGGGUUAGGUUUGAAUUACAUUGAAACAAGUAGUUUUGCCGAAAAUGUAAUGAAGUUACUUAUAAUCGUUUAAGUAUAUAACGCGAGUUGUUUUGGAUUGUUAAAGCACAAAUAAUAUAAUACAGUUUUGAAAAUGUAUUAAACAAAUUGGUACGGUUUGUUUCUGUUCAUGAACACAGGUUUGAAUUUAUUACUGUGUGAAUUACAGUUAUAGUAAUUAUUUAUGGAUUUAACUCACUAUUUUUUGCUUUUGUUCAUCGCACACUUCAUGUUACCUACCAUUGUCAAGGUUUGUUGCUGUUGUAUAAUAACCUACUUUAAAUCCAAAAUAAUUCUGAUUAAAAGGAGCUAAUUUAUUGUGAAGGCUUUUAAGUCUUAAAAUAUUAUGGUAUGUUACUGUUUGAUGUGAGAGAUAUAUUAAGAUGUUGAUGAAAAAUAAAACAUAUUUAUCUUGUAAAAUAUCCGGACAUUUGUGUACGUGUUUGCAAUUGUACUGGAGUUUUUCAGAAAUUGUGUUCGUUGUUGAGCUCUCGGGCAACUCUUCUUGUCAAUGUUAAUGAAUUUUGCAUAAUAUAACGUAGAAAUAAUUUUCUUGUCAAAUGAUAAUCCACUAUCAGUAUAUUUUUACCAUUAUGAUUAAGUGGACUGUGGAUUGUUUAAUGUUCUUUUUGAACACUGGUAUGUUCAACUGGUUUAUAUUAAAUUUUGGUGUGAAAUUGUGUCGUAUCUAGGAUGGUUACAUUUUUCGCAGCUUGUAUAUGUGUACAUAACAUUCCAGAUUUGAGUCAUUGUUUUUUUUUUUUGUGAAAUGGAUCAAUAAAUUGUACAAUUUAUUUAGUUUUGA